CUCGAAUUAACCUCUUUCAAAAUUUUGAAGUGAUUCUUUUGGAGUCCAAGAUUAAGCCGGCGAAAUCGGAUCACUUACUACGAACAAAAAAAUCAGAACGCGAUUCCAAAGUCUGGUUGUUUGAAAUCGAAACCAUGGUUUAAAGAUGCCCACCCUCAGAAUGAGAAUAUAAUCAUCACUUCUCAUAAGAACGGAGACCGAACCGAUUACCGAAUAUGGAGGUUCGAUUAAAGUUAUUGAUUGCCCGAAAUAAAACUGGAAUCCAUUGGUGUUCGCGGACAAUUAUAUCUUUAGGUGCUAAAAAUGACAAAAGGAAUGUUCCUAACAGAUUCUGGUACCGUAUAUACACACACACACGUGGACACACUUUGGAGCAAUGGAGAGAGAGAGAGCUCACGAGAAAGGGGGUUGAAAUGGUAACGUUUCUAGCAUUUGUCAAAUAGCCCUGCGACCGGAAGAAUAGGAGAAGCUUUGAUCAAAGCCUCGAAGCUCUGCAAUCCGUUUUGUGUGAUUUGCAAAAUACGGAGUAUUUAUUAUCAGUUCUUAUUUUUCUUGCUGGUCUAUAAAGGAGCAAACUUUUUAUGUAACUCCAUGUGCACAGUCGAGAAUUUCAAUCCAGACACGAUGAGACAAGGCUUCUGCUGCGACUUUUGGUGGUUCUGGCAGCUAUAGCUUUCAUGAAAGCAUAGUAUACAUUAAAUGUAUAAGGAUGAUGGAAGGAGUGGAUUUUAUUUGUUUCCCAUAACCUUAAUCUCUUUAGCUUCUACAAAGGUUUCACUAUUAGUUUAUCAAUGCCUGGUCGCACUAUCUAUUUACUAAUCAAGAGGGAAACAAAACAAGAGGCCAAAGCAGUGAUUCUAUGUAGUUAUUAUCAAGGUUUGCCAGUAUCCAAAUUGGCGUUGUCCCACACAUGUCAGCUUGAAUGAAUAAUCUUCAGAGAAACAGUCUUGGCGGGAGGAACGUGGAGCAGGCCAUAACAGCCAUAAAAAGGGGAUCGUACCUUCUCAAGUAUGGGCGUAGAGGAAAGCCAAAGUUCUGCCCUUUUCGGCUUUCAACUGACGAGACAAGACUGAUUUGGUAUUGUGGAAAGGAGGAGAAAAGUAUCCCACUAAGUCAUGUUUCAACAAUUAUUCAUGGGCAACGUACUCGUCAUCCUCGACCUGACAAAGAAUAUCAAUCCUUCUCUCUCAUAUAUGACAAAGGAUCUUUAGAUUUGAUUUGCAAAGAUAAGGAUGAGGCAGAAAUCUGGUUCAUUGCGCUCAGGGCACUUAUUUCUCCGGAUAGCUGUGAAAAAUGGAGAAGCGCUAUAAGAAGACAUAGUACUUCAUCAGAUAGUUCAAGUGCCUUGACCCAACAAAGAUCCCAGUCCAUUUCGCUGACUGGCAGCAGACCCAUGGAAAAAUAAUUUAAAUCAGCAUGCAUUUGAGAGCCCCCAUAAGACAAGAUUGGUAAGAGCCAUCUCCGAUAUUCUACUUUAUAAUACAGCAGCAAGUUCUUCCCAUAGAGAUUUAGUCUCCAAUUCCAUUAGUUCAAGAUUAUUUAAGGACUUAGAUGAUGAAAAUGGGCGGAGCUCUGUGGAUACAUUUCGAGUUAGUUUCUCUAGUGCCAUUAGUUCAUCUAGCCAGAGAUCUUUUGGAAAUUCAGAUACAGACGUCCUAGUGUGGGGCGAAGGAACUGGUGAUGAUCUAUUGGGUGGUGGGCUUUAUAGUGGUAGAAGCUUACCUGGUGCAUCAAGGGAUUCUUUAUUGCCAAAGACUCUUGAAUCAGCAUCAGUGCUUGAUACUCAAAUUAUUUCCUGUGGGAGUAGGCAUGCAAUUCUCAUCACAAAACAUGGACAGACUUAUAGCUGGGGAGACGGAUCUUUUGGUAGACUAGGGCAUGGAAUAGAGUCUGAUAUCUAUAACCCGAAACUUAUUGACACCCUCAGUGGGUUCACCAUCACAUCUGCAGAAUGUGGAGAAUAUCAUACAUGUGCUAUAACCAUUGAUGGGGAACUGUAUACAUGGGGAGAUGGCACUUACAACUUUUGCCUCCUUGGGCAUGGCACUGGAAUCAACCACUGGACCCCGAAAAAGGUAAGGGGCUCAUUGGAGGAUAAACAUGUAUCAAUGAUCUCAUGUGGACCUUGGCAUUCAGCUGUUCUAACAUCCAUGGGUGAAUUGUUUACAUUUGGGGAUGGAAGUUUUGGUGCCCUAGGUCAUGGAGACCACUGUAGCACUUGCAUUCCUAAGGAAGUUGAAUCUCUGAAAGGGUUAAGAACAACAAAAGUUUCAUGUGGAUAUUGGCAUACUGCUGCUGUUGUAGAGUCCACUUCAGAAAAUCUUGAUUGUGGUUCUCUAACUUGCAGGCUGUUUACUUGGGGAAAUGGGGAUGAUGGUCAGCUUGGACACGGGGAUAACAUAUCUAGACUUGUACCAUGUGUUCUUACUGUUUUAGAAGGUACAAACUUCUGUCAGGUUGCAUGUGGUUGUAACAUCACGGUUGCACUUACAACCUCGGGACAAAUAUAUACUAUGGGAAGUGCUGAUCAUGGACAACUUGGAGUUCCAGGGAGUACAGGGAGACUACCUUCUUCUGUCCAUGGAAAAAUUAAGGACAGUUUUAUUGAAGAAAUAGCGUGUGGUUCUUUUCAUGUUGCAGCAUUGAGUUCACAAUCCGAGGUAUACACAUGGGGAAAGGGAGGAAAUGGCCAACUAGGACAUGGAGAAAACUAUGACAGGAGUAUCCCUACACAGGUUGAGGCUCUGAGAGACAAAUGCGUAAAGAGUGUGGUUUGUGGGAAAAAUUUCACUGCCGUCACUUGUCUUCACAAAGAGUUGUCGAUGUCUGAUUAUUCCAUUUGUUCGGGUUGCCACUCUUCAUUUAACUUCAGAAGGAAGCGUCAUAAUUGCUAUAAUUGUGGGCUAGCUUUUUGCAAGACAUGCACGAGUAAGAAAUCUGUGAAAGCCUCCUUGGCUCCAAGUUUGAAUAAACCUUAUCGUGUAUGUGAAGAUUGCUUUAAUAAACUCAACAAGGGCUUGGAUAGUUCACCUACCACUUUACUGCCAAAGGCAUGUGGCUUAGUUCCUUACAAGAGUUUCAGUGAGAAAAAGGAGAAACAUAUUAACCAUAAGAUCAAAGGCCUUGCUUUUGAGCUAUCAUCACUUGAUUCAUUCAGAUGGUCUGAAAAUCAGUACUCCAAAAGUAACCAGAAACAAAAUUCAAGUCAUGGUGCUUCUAGUGGAAGUUCUCAAUGGGAUGGAUCUUUUGUUUCAAGUCCUACAUCUAUGCUUGACUUUUCUGACAAAACACUGUUUCACAUCCCUGGAUCAACACAUCAUUCUCUAUCAGUUUCUCCUGCAUCUAUAAGUUCAAGUCAUAUUCCUUCCUUUUCGAAGGCAUGUGAUUUUCCUCUGGUGGGAAAUCCUGGAGUUGUUGCUAGAGAAAGAGAUACAAGUGAAACUCUCACAAAAGAACUAUCAAUAUUAAGAGAGCAGGUGGAAACUCUCGUGAAUAGAUCACAGUUCUUGGAAGUGGAGCUUGAAACAACAUUAAAGCGAUUAAUAGAGGCACAAGAUGCAGCCCAAGUUGAGACUGAGAAAAACAUUGCUGCAAAGGAAGUAAUCAAAUUUCUGGUAACGCAGUUGAAUAACAUGGCAGCCAACCUCCCGGGCAAGUGUGUAUGAGUAGGAACAGAAGGCAAAGUGUAAAUGACGAUACACGAUGUAGAUAAACUUUUUUUGCAAUGAACAUCUUUUUGCUAUCCUUAACAUAGCAGGGUUCAAUUUUGCGGUCAUUUUUGUUGUUUCCUUCGCUUCAACAUCUCGCAGAAACCAGUGGUUUCAUUUUGGGCAAUCAAAAGUCAUUGAUCCCCAGUUUUGAUGUACAUAUUUCAUUUCUUUCAUGGGUAAAUUACUUCUUGUCAGGAUAGCAUAGUAGGCUUAUUUUCUUUACAUUUACUGGUGUAUUCAUGAAAUUGGUUGUACCUAAGUAUCUUCACUAGGACAUCUUCUGCAAAGUACAAAAGCUGCAUAUUUUGGCUAUAAGUUAUAGGAUUUUAUCACUUUAUGCAUGAUUUGUGAUUUUUUGGAUGAAAUUUGAGAUAAAUUUGUUUUCAC